GAUCACGUAUGCCAAAACGCAGGCGUUAUUCAUGGGCCUUGGUUGGUUCGUGCGUCGGUGUGGUACGUUUCCAAGGGAAAAAUGGCUUGAUUGCAUGCGUACUAUGGUCUUGGCUCGGUUGGCCUCUUGCAGGUCCCAGGCAGGGACGACGUCUUGCUCUGCUGUGAGCGUUAGUUACGCUGGACCCUUGGUGGAUGGCUUCGGACUACCCGUUAUUGGGAACUAGUUUGCUUACCUCUGCUUUUAUUGUGCUUGACAAUGGUGUAGAGCCUAAGGACGGCCUUACGUGUCUUAUCAAGUGGAACAUGAUGAAUCCACCGGAUAACAUCUUCCUUGGACUCAGCCUCGCCCAAGCCCCUCAACUCACGCUUCGCUCCCAUCCACCCCAAAUUAUCUUGUUGCGAAGUUCGCCCCUAUUUCCGCCGGCCCACCUCGGUCAUGCACAAUUGGGUCGGAUAUGCAGCUCGGCGCCCCAAUGCCCACGAGGCUUUGUCGCUUGCCGCUUACGUCUGAAAGGGGCAGGUGAGAUGCCUUCGCUGCAAAGUGUCUCUGUGAUAGAGCCAAAGUAUUGGCUGCGAUCCUGCACCAAUAGGGCAAACAAAGGAUGGAUUAGUGCUAAGUACUCCGUACAAGAGAAUCCAAGUUGAUUGUGGGACCGUUAUUGAUAAAUGUAGGCGUGGCAAGUCCAUCCUACGGACAGAAGCCAUCGAGUAUAGGCUACAGAUAUUGGUAUCACCCGCGUCGCGGCUGUACACAGGUCACUGGCACGGAGAUAGAAUGCAUUUCUAUG